CUUCGGAGGAAGGAUGUUGUCCCGCAUUUCAAGCCGCGCGCCUGUCCGCUCCAUGGCGGCGCCUGCCAGCGCUGUCCGCGCCUUCGGCACGGCCGACAAUGAGACCAAAGAAUCUCUUGCCAAGGCGUUGAGUGACUUGCAAAAGGAAUCGGCUGCGAAGACCGUGCCUUGGUUCUUGGACAACAUGCCUGCGGCGUACUUCCGCGCAAUCACCAAGGAAGACCGACUCCAGCACUUAAAUGCGCUCACCGCGUUGGUGAACGCGCAACAACCUGAAGUUAUGUUGAGCUCCCCGGACAAGAAAGUGUAUUCGUACAUCCGCACGGGCGACUUGUACCCUGGCUUGUUGUCCGAUAUCAUGGACCAAUUGCCCAAGGACCAAGGCGAGUUAGCGCGCGUCAAGAUUUUCUCGUCGUUGGACGACUCGUUGGCCGUGGAUGUGUUCCGCUUUGGUCGCCAAGAGCCUUUCCGUGGCACGACCCCCGAAGAAAAGUCUGCCCGUGACAAUUUACAAGCGUACGUCGCUGACAUCCAAGCCGGCAAAUAUGCCGGUGUGGAAGGUGUGCCGGCGCCUGCUGCCUACUUCUCACCCGAAGCUGUGGACGAAUUCCUAUCGUUGUCCAACUCGAUGUACGUCAAGUUCAGCAGCCCUCGUCGCCUGGCGUCACAAAUCGCGCUGUUCCACCGCAUCCGUGGCACGGAGGGCGUUUCCGUCAGCAUCGAACACGGCUGGGAAAGCAAGAGCGAAGAAAACAAAUUGAGCGGCGGCAAGGUGCCGCAAACCAUGAUCACGUUGGCUGCGUCGAACGUGUUGACUAAGCACAUGUUGCAACGUGCCGCCACCUACUUGGGCUUGAGGAACUUGAACGUUCGCCGAGCCCACUUGGACGUGAUCGACGACCGCAAGAAGGGCUCUGGCACCGUGUCGAUGAUCCGUAUUUUGGUCUCGCCGUCCGAAGAAGACUACCGCAAGAACACGCAGCUUGACUGGAAGCAAAUUGAGUACGACCUGCGAUACCUCAAGUGGCUCGACGACAAGCCGCUCAACAUUGCGUUGUCUCACAAGAACGUCGUGGAUCUUCCCCACGCCGAAAUCAUCGUCACGUACGCGCACAUGUUGCACGGUAUCCUGGCCAAGGUCGACCCGUACGCGUACUCGUUGCCUCGCAUCUUUGAGUUGCUCAACCACCCGACAAACGUGGCGUUGGCCGCGUCGAUCGCCGAUCUGUUCUUGGAACGCUUCGACCCGAACGCCCCCAAGAAGAUGUCUGGUGAAGAACUGAAGAACCGCAUCGAAGCCAUCAAGGUUGAAAUCCGCAAGAACGUGGAAGCCGAAGACACGAUCCGUCUUUUGAACACGUUCGCCGAUGCCGUUGGUGCCACGUUGCGCACCAACAAGUACGUCCGCACUCGUUAUGCGUUGGCGCUGCGCAUGGACCCCGACUUUGUCGGCUACGGCACGGUCGGCAAGGAAACCCCGUAUGGUGUGUUUUUCAUUCACGGUCGCCGCUUCAAGGGCUUCCACGUGCGCUUCCGCGACAUCGCUCGCGGUGGGUUGCGUGUGGUUGCUCCUGCCGGGUCGGACGCACACGCUUUGGAAUCUGCCCGCCAAUACAAUGAAGCGUACAACUUGGCGUUUGCCCAGCAAUUGAAGAACAAGGACAUUCCUGAAGGCGGGUCGAAGGCUGUUGUGUUGGUGGAACCCCGCAGCACCAACUACGACUCAACGACCCGCAACUUUUUCAUCCGCAAGAGCGUCAAGGCGUUCUCGGAUGCACUGUUGGACUUGAACACGACGGACGAAGCCGUCAAGUCUCAAAUUGUCGACUACUAUGGCAAGGACGAAUUGAUCUACUUGGGCCCGGAUGAGAACAUCAUCCCCGAAGACAUUACGUGGAUGACUAAGCGCGCCGCGUACCGUGGGUACCCCAUUCCCCGUGCUUUCAUCAGUUCCAAGCCCGAUGUGGGCAUCAACCACAAGGUGUACGGUGUCACGUCGGAAGGUGUCGCCGUGUUUGCCGACGUUGCUCUGCGCUCGCAAAACAUCGACCCCAAGAAGCAGCAAUUCACGGUCAAGAUCACGGGUGGUACUGACGGCGAUGUUGCCGGUAACAUUAUCAAGAUCUUGGCGCGCGAAUACGGCUCGAACGUCAAGGUCGUGGGUAUUUGCGAUGGUACGGCGUCGAUGGACGACAAGGACGGCAUCGACAUGGACGAACUUUUGCGCCUUGUGGAAGAAUCGCUGCCGCUGUCGAGCUUCAGCGCCAACAAGGUGAAGAACGGCAACUUUUUGCUCGCCGACACCCCCGCUGGCAUCCGCGCACGCAACACGCUGCACAACCGCGUCAAGUCGGACCUGUUCAUUCCUGCCGGUGGUCGCCCCAACACGAUCAAUGAAAACAACUGGAAGGACUACCUCGACGCGACUGGCAAGGCGUCGUCGCCGUUGAUUGUUGAAGGUGCCAACUUGUUCGUGACCCCCGAAGCGCGUCAGUUGUUGUUUGACAACGCCGGCGUGGUAAUCGUCAAGGACAGUUCGGCCAACAAGUGCGGUGUCAUUUGCAGUUCGUACGAAAUCGUGUCGUCGAUGCUGCUGGAGCCGCAAGAGUUUUUGGACAUCAAGGACGAACUCGUCCACGACGUUGUGGAAAAGUUGCGCCAUUUGGCCCUCGUCGAAGCCGAAUUGCUCUUCCGUGAAUACAAGCAGAACCCGAACGCUGCGCUGCCACCGUCGUCCGAGCGCAUCUCGCGCGCUAUCACGCGUCUCCAUGACUCGAUUGUCGCCAACUUUGACAACAUCGCUGAAGACAACCGCGACUUGUUGUACUCGUUGAUUGAAGAACACUUGCCCGCCAAGUUGCGCGAAGUUGCGUUGGACCGUGUGACCAAGCAAGUCCCGCUCUCGUACAUCAAGUCGAUUGUGGCGGCCGGUUUGGCGAGCAAGAUUGUGUACCGCGAAGGGUUGCAAUACGUCGAAUCGUUGCCUGCGUCCAACUUGUCCAACAUUGCCGUGUCGUACUUGAAGCAAGAAAAGAAGGUCAAGGCACUCGUGUCCGAAAUCGAAGCCUCGGGCUUGCCCCACCGCAGCGACAUUGCCGACCUCUUGGUCCGUGGCGGUGUCCGAGCCGGUGUCACCACGUUGUAAGUAAAACCAAUACACACUGUACAGAAAACGCUGCAAAACGAGCGCUUGGCAUCUCGC